GGAUUGGUUGUUAGGGAAGUGCUGUGUAACCUGGUAACUAUUCAAUACAGAAGGCAGAGUUUGUUGUGCUAGGGAACAGUGUUUGUUCUGUUACGUUUAAACUUCCAGCUAAGAAGAAGCAAAGCUGAGACUGAGAGAUCCUGCAUGUGAGAACAAGAACUUCCUCAGAGAUGUGUUUCUACCUCCUGCUCUGGAAUGACACUAUGUGCACUGGCCCUGCUGUUCAAUUGUUUUUAUAGAAGAGGAAUUUUGGCAUAUGCUGGUCGGGAUUGACCUGAUAUGCGUCCCCUUUGCUAGGGGUCUCUUUUGGUGCUGAAAAUAUUUAUGACACAGCAGAGAAACUGCAGAUAGGAACGUCAAGAGAGAGUAUAAGGAAGACUUUUCCCUUUAAGUUUUUGUUUGCAUCUUGGGAACCAGGAAGGCAAGAGGGCAGCCAUGACUUCAGUAAUACCCAGACAGAAAGAGAUGGGGAGCGGAACAUAUACAUUUUCCAGCCAACCGAGAGUUGUACAAAAUCGCAGGAAAUACAGAGGAGUUCAACCAACUGUGAACGAAGAAUCAUUCACAUAUGGAAACAUUAUGUAUGACAGACGGGUGGUGCGAGGAAAUACAUAUGCACAACAUACAUUACCUUUGUCUGCUCAGCCAGACCCAAUUGAGUUCCAGAGGCAACAGGAAGCCCAAAGGAGAGCUCUGGCAAAAAAACGAGCCAAGGAACUGUUAAGGCCUAGAACACCAGAAGCAGUAGAGGGAAGAAAACACAUUGAUGUGCAGACAGAGCUGUAUUUAGAAGAACUUAGUGACCGUGUUGAGGAGAAAGACAUGGAAUGCCAGACUGAUGCAUUUCUGGACAGACCUCCUACACCUCUCUUUAUCCCAGCAAAAACAGGAGCAGAUGUUGCAACACAGAUUCUAGAAGGAGAGCUGUUUGAUUUUGACCUGGAGGUGAAACCAAUGUUGGAAGUUUUGGUUGGCAAGACAAUUGAGCAAGCACUCCUUGAAGUGAUGGAAGAAGAGGAACUUGCACAAUUAAGGGCACAACAGCGUGCUUUUGAAGAGCUGCGCAAUGCAGAACUUGCUGAGGCACAUCGUCUAGAAGAGCAGGAGAGGCGACACAGAGAGGAAAAAGAACGACGCAAGAAACAGCACCGUGAGAUCCUCCUUAAGGAAAAAGAGACUGCAGAGAAGGUUGCGGCACGGGCUUUUGCACAGCAGUAUCUUGCUGAUCUGGUUCCUUCUGUGUUUAGCAGCCUAAGAGACAAUGGAUAUUUCUAUGACCCUGUGGAAAGAGAUGUUGAGACAACAUUUAUGCCUUGGUUAAUGGAAGAGGUGGAAAAUAUUAUGAAGAAGAAUGAUCUUGGACGAACUAUGCUUGAUAUGAUAAUUCGGGAUGUUGUUAAAAAACGGUUAGCUGAUUUUCAGAGAGCAACAUCACAAGAUUAUUUAAAAUAUGAAGUCAACUCUCAAGGGCAAGAAAUAAAAUCAGAAAAAUCAGUAAUGCAGCCUCAAAACCCAGACACAGAAGCCAAACAUCCAGAACUGCAACUAAAGGACCCAGAAACAGAACACAAAGAUGAGAUCCUGUCAGAUAUAUAGCCAACUUGGGACAAACAGAUACCACUAAAUUGAAAUAUACAAUACAAUAGACAAGACUGAUUUGACCACAACAAACACCAUCAAAGCUCAUCAUUAAGGAAGAAUAAAUGAACAUGGCUUCAAGACAACUUCUAAUACAAUGCCCGCACUGUUUUCUUAUAGAAGUGUUCUUUUAUAUUGUUUUUUUUCAUUGCCUGUUUACUGUUGAUAUUUCAGUGGUUUUGCUUUCUAUAAGCAUUCUUUAAAAAUAAAUAAAUAGAAACAUUAAGCAAGACAUGCUGUAUUUUAUGUUUUGUUUUUCUGUACCAGCCUACAGUACAGAGCAAGAACAGAUCUAUAGUAGAAACACUCAUUGUGCUCUGGUGGCUUAGUCACCUGAGUUUGAAGAGAAAUACACAAUUUACUGAGUAAAAUGGAAAGUAUUUGUUUAACAUAAUAUGUAAUACAAUUAUCUAUUAAUAACCUGCAACCAGCAACCUGCAAUCAGUUUAGAAGCAUUUGUUAUACUCUGCUGCAGUGAUAAUAAAAACUCAUUACUGUG